UAUCAGAGGAGGUGAAGGUGAAAGUGGGCCUGUCAGGCCCCCCACCUAUGAAAAGUGGCUACCAAUAUGUCAACCCAGGACAGGAGGAUCAAAUGGAAAUCAGUGGUUACCAUCCCAGUCUGCUGAAGAAGGUGAUUGUCUGGUUCUUCAUCCUCAUCACGGCUUGUCUUCUUCGCCUCUUCUUUUACUGGUUUCCUCAUCUCUUCAUCAAGUGUACCCAUUCAAAGUGCUCAUUAGCUGAAGCCAAAGUAGUCAUACUUAGGGACCAGUAUCUUCAGUGGUUUGUGUCCAGAGUCAAAGUCACCAGUAAAAAUGGACAACUUCCAAACAGUGCUGUAAAGGAAGGUGUGACAGGAAUAGCCUUCAGUAAGAAUACCUACGACAGCAACACACCUCUCAGAAUGGGAGACACAAAGAAAUCCACAGAUCAUGAGUCAGAGGGACAACUGUCAGCGUUUGACCGAGUUUUAGAAUUAAAUCGGGGUCUGAUCCGCUAUUUCAUCACAAAAAAAGUCAAGUACAUCUGGAACAGUGAUUCUCAAACAUUUAAAAAAUUAGAAGGUUUAGAUAAAAACACAAAGUGUUCAUAUUUCCAUGGAUGCAAAGGACUGAAUUAUGCUCAACAACAAGAAAGAAUGACAAUGUUUGGUUCAAAUUCCAUUCAGAUUCAUGUCACCCCAAUUAUCAGACUCCUUUUUAAAGAGGUGUUGUCACCUUUCUACAUCUUCCAGUUGUUCAGCUGUGGGAUUUGGUUUGCAGAUGAAUAUUACUACUAUGCCAGUUGUAUUGUUGUCAUUUCUGUUGUCUCCAUCACUGCCACUAUUUACCAGACCAGAAAGAUGCAAAGGGCUUUAAGAAACACUAUAGAAUCAUCCACCAUUGUGACUAAACUGACUGGAGAUACAUACCAGGACAUUUGCUCUGAUGAUCUUGUUCCUGGGGACAUCAUCUCCAUCCCACGAAAUGGCUGUAUCAUGCAGUGUGAUGCAGUACUUCUGACUGGAAAUUGUAUAGUUAAUGAGAGUAUGCUCACAGGAGAAAGUGUACCCGUAACUAAAACUCCACUUCCUAACCCUAAACUGUCAAAGUCUCAGGAGGAUAUCCUAUUUAAUCUGAAGGACCACUCAAAGCAUGUUCUUUUCUGUGGUACACACAUAUUACAGACCAGGUUUUACGGUUCCCAGCAGGUCAGGGCCGUAGUCCUGAGGACAGGUUUUUCAACAGCCAAAGGAGAAUUGGUGCGCUCCAUCUUAUAUCCCAAACCUGUGGAUUUUAAAUUCAACAGAGACACAUACAUAUUUGUGGCCAUACUAGCAGGAAUUGCUGGAAUUGGAUUUAUUUACACAGUGGUGUUGAUGGUGCAAGAAUCUGAACUCUUUGAAGAUAUCUUCCUUCGUUCUAUGGAUUUGAUCACCAUUGCUGUGCCUCCAGCCCUGCCAGCAGCCCUUACUAUUGGGAUUGUGUUUGCUCAGAGUCGCCUUAAGAAAAGUCAGAUUUACUGCAUCAGUCCACAUAGUAUCAACAUCAGUGGAACCAUCAAUGUUGUAUGCUUUGAUAAGACAGGCACGCUGACAGAGGAUGGACUAAACAUGCAGAGUGUUGUCCCUGUACAAGAUGGCGGUUUUACUGAGGAGGUUCAUGAUAUAAAGCUCCUCCCAGCUAAACAGAGCCUUCUUCUGAAUGCCAUGGCAACCUGUCAUUCUCUGACGAUGAUUGAUGGGAUCCUCAGUGGGGACCCAUUGGACCUCAUCAUGUUUGAGGCCACCAACUGGGAUCUAGAGGAGCCAGGAGAGGAGGAAGCGAGCAGAUAUGAUAUGAUUGUCCCCACCAUAGUCAGACCAAAGGGAGUUAAUGACAACAAGGAACUCUUUGAUGAACAGUUCAAGCCAAAGUAUGAAGAGAUAGCCAUCAUGAGGCAGUUCACUUUUGCCUCCAGUCUGCAGAGAAUGUCCGUCAUAACACGUAAACUAGGAGCCCCAAACUUUGAACUCUAUACAAAGGGGGCCCCCGAGAUGAUUGCCUCCCUAUCUAAAUCUGAGACAGUACCAAGCAAUUUUCACAAGGUCUUAAUCAAUUACACAAAACAUGGUUACAGAGUUCUUGCCCUUGCAUACAGAUCUCUUCCAACAAAAUUGAAGUAUGCAAAAUUACAGAGAAUUCAGAGAGAGCAAGUGGAGAGAAACCUGACUUUCCUGGGAUUCUUGGUGCUUGAGAACCGACUGAAGCCAGAAACAACCCCUAUAAUACACAAACUUCUAGAUGCAGACAUUAGGACCGUCAUGGUCACAGGUGACAACAUGUUGACAGCCUUGAGUGUGGCCCGAGAAUGUGGAAUGGUCAAUGAAAAUCAGAAAAUCAUCUUGGUCCAAGCAUUUCCUGGGACGCCAGGUAAAAAUGACCCCUGGCUGGAGUACAUGUACACUGAAGAUCCAGAGGAUCGUGUACAUGAAAAGUCUACCGAGACAAGAUUGGCCAUGCCUGAUGGGGAUUUCACCGAUUCUUACUUUCACUUUGCUAUGGAUGGAAAAUCAUGGGCUAUUGUCAGAAAUCACUUUCCAUUACUACUGCAAAAAAUCUGCACUAGAGGUACAGUGUUUGCCAGAAUGUCACCUGACCAGAAAUCCCAGCUUAUUGAAGUACUCCAGGAACUAGGGUACUUUGUGGGUAUGUGUGGAGACGGGGCUAAUGACUGUGGAGCCCUGAAGACAGCUCAUGCUGGUAUCUCACUCUCAGAAGCAGAGGCAUCUGUAGCUUCUCCAUUCACAUCUAAACAACCUAAUAUUGAAUGUGUCCCCACACUCAUCAGACAGGGAAGAGGAGCCCUGGUGACAUCGUUUGGGAUUUUUAAGUAUAUGGCCUGUUACAGUUUGACCCAGUUUGUCUCUGUGUUAAUUCUCUAUUGGAUAUUUGCCAACCUUACAGACUUUGAGUUCCUUUAUAUAGAUUUGUUCCUGCUUACCUCACUCAGUGUUACCUUUGGAUAUACUAAUGCCUAUGACAAGCUGUCUAAGGACCCACCCCUGGUCAGCCUUUUUAGUGUCUCCCCUGUUUUGUCCAUUAUUCUACAUAUGGUGGUCCAAACUGCUGCUCAAGUUUUCUGCUAUUUUCAUGUAAUGGAACAGCCAUGGUUUGUCAAAUACCAUCAAAAUGAGGAUGAUGAUUACACAAGCUAUGAGAACAUGGCUGUUUUUGUCGUGUCCAUGUAUCAGUACAUCACGCUGGCAGUUGUGUUCUCUAAGGGAAAACCUUAUCGAAAAACCGUAUUCUCAAACUAUUUUUUUUUGGCCAAUCUGGCCAUAUGCAUCGGUAUGUCUUUGUGGCUGACUAUCUAUCCGACUGAUGAUGUAGCUGAAUUCUUUGAACUGAAGCCAGCUCCUUCAAUUCCAUACAGAUGUAUCUACCUAGGAAUUGCAGCCAUCAACUUUUUCUUGGAUUAUCUUGUAGAGACAUUCAUCAUUGAAAGCUAUUUUGUGCAAGAGCGUUUGCAGUGCUGGAUCGAGGACAUUUUCUCCACCUCCAAGUAUCAGUACGAAAUUUUGGAGGAGGAAAUCACCAGAGACAAGUCCUGGCCCAACAUAUCCUCAGCAGAAUCACUGGCCCAGGCCUUCGAGCGACUAGACAGUCAGCAAGCUCGUGACUUUGAUCAGAGCAGUCUCCUUAGUAGCUUACUGGACUCAGCUAGCGAGACUCAGAGUAUCCGAUCACUACGAUCAUUGGAGGUAGACACUUCUCAUAACGAUCCUGUGUUUCAGCGAGAGACCUCCAAUGUCAGUGAUGGUUUCUAUAUGGACAUUGAUGAUGAAUCACAGUUAAUUAAGCAAGACCCUUCUCAAGGGGUGGAUAAUCCUGCACUAGAUAUCGAAGGUGAAGUGUCCAAUACAGGUGGAUUAUAACCAUAACCACCCAUCACACACACAAAACUAGUGCAAUGUGAUGCAAUUACAACAUAAUUAGUGACCAUUCAUUAGUACACCGAUAAUAAAGUUCAGCAUGAUGCUCAGUUUAUGACCAUCCAUCAAAUACAAAUAAAAGUGCAGCAUAUCAGUGAUCACACAGUCAUACUUAUUUUUGUAUUUUUAAUAAUUCAGUACUUUUGUAUUAUCUCUCUCUUUUUUGGCAUGUUUUUGCUAUAAACAGGAAAGUUGAAUAUUAUGAAUUUGGUACAAAUUAUAACAUAUCCCAUGACUGUAUCAAGCAUUCUCGUACCUACAUGUAAUUUGGGUCAUCUGUUCUCCAUUAUGGUUCUCCAUUCAUUUUCAGUUAUUUUUUUCAAAACUGGAUAAUCCAAUUUUAUCUAUUUUCAAAAUACUCAUCUUCCGAAGGGCGGUAUGGAAUUUCCAAUCCCUCUGUUUGCUUUUCCUUGUCCUGAGGUCAUAUCUUUGACAUUAUGAAGUGUAAAGAACCAUUAAACAUUGUCAGUUGAACAUUGCAUCUUGGGGAGAAGUCGUGUGUCUCAAUUAACUAUAACAUUGGUCAUGAAGGCUUCAUUUGGAAUUUUAUGGCUAUAAAUAGUCAAAUCUUAGUAUGACUUGGAUCAUAUCUUUCACAAUGUGAAGCCUAGGACCAUCAAACUUCUUCAGUUUCUGCAUCAUGGGGGAAGGUUUGUGGCAACUGAAAAGUAGAUCAGAGUUCCCUCAUUUUAGAAUCUUAUGGCUCUGCAUAUUCAAAUAGUGCCUUGCACAUUUCUUGCAUACUGCAUGGCCCAGGACUAUCAAGGGAAGUUGUGUUGUAACCCACAAGUAUGGCAUUUUGUCUGGCAUAGGACAAUCAAAUUUGGUCAGUUAUGCAUGGGGGAGGGGGAGAUGUUCUAUUGCAACACAAAAAGUAGAGAUGAGCAGUUAGUCUUCUUCAAAAAUUGUGAAAUUCGGGUCCCAUGGGUUGAGGAUUCAGUUCUCAGGGUGAGGCUAAGUUUGUUUUUUAGCUCUACUGGUCAGAGACCAGAAGAGCUUAUGCGAUAGUAAGGUGUCCGUCGUCCGUCCGUCUGUCUGUCUGUCUGUCUGUAAACAAUUAUUCAAAACGCUACUCCUCCUACAGUUUUGGUCCGAUUUCAAUAUAACUUGGCACACAAGUAGACUACACUAAGAUACAUAAUUUAGUGCAUCGGUUUUUGAUUUCGAUGGACGGUGUUGCCAUGGUUACUAAAAAUAGAAAUUUCUGUGAAAUUCAUUUAAAACGCUACUCCUCCUACAGUUUUGGUCUGAUUUCAAUAUAACUUGGCACACAAGUAGACUACACUAAGAUACAUAAUUUAGUUCAUCGGUUUUUGAUUUCGAUGGACGGUGUUGCCAUGGUUACUAAAAAUAGAAAUUUCUGUGAAAUUCCUUUAAAACGCUACUCCUCCUACAGUUUUGGUCCGAUUUCAAUAUAACUUGGCACACAAGUAGACUACACUAAGAUACAUAAUGUAGUUCAUCGGUUUUUGAUUUUGAUGGACGGUGUUGCCAUGGUUACUAAAAAUAGAAAUUUCUGUGAAAUUCCUUUAAAACGCUACUCCUCCUACAGUUUUGGUCCAAUUUCAAUAUAACUUGGCACACAAGUAGACUACACUAAGAUACAUAAUUUAGUGCAUCGGUUUUUUGAUUUCAAUGGACGGUGUUGCCAUGGUUACUAAAAAUAGAAAUUUCUGUGAAAUUCCUUUAAAACGCUACUUCUCCUACAGUUUUGGUCCGAUUUUAAUAUAACUUGGCUUACAAGUAGAUUACACUAAGAUACAUAAUUUAUUGCAUCGGUUUUUGAAUUCAAUGGACGGUGUUGCCAUAGUUACUAAAAAUAGAAAUUUCUGUGAAAUUCCUUUAAAACACUACUCCUGCUACAGUUUUAGUCUGCUUUUAAUAUAAUUAGGCAUACAAGAAGACUAUACUAAGAUACAUAAUUUAUUGCAUUGGUUUUUGAAUUCGAUGAACAGUGUUUCCAUGGUUACUUAAAAUAGAAAUUUUUGUGAAAUUCCCAUUAAACGUUACUCCUCCUACAAUUUUGGUCUGAUUUCAAUCUAAUUUGGCACACAGUUAGAAUACACUACGAUACAUAAUAUGUAUUUCUGUUUUUUUUAUUUGGGUGAAUGGUGUUGUCAUGGUUACUAAAAAUAGAAAUUUCCCUGAAAUACUUUCAAAACGCUACUCCUCCUACAGUUUUCAUUUGAUUUCAGUAUAACUUGGCACAGAAGUAGACUACAUUAAGAUACAUAAUUCUAUUUAUUGUUGCCUGUUGCAAUGUUUCAAAUCCAAGUGCUACUUUUCUUUUGUUAUACAAACAGACCAGUAGAGCUACAGUCUCAUCAGAGACUUCUGGUUUGCAUAUACAGUUGAACUUCGGUAUCUCGAACACAGAUAUCUCGAAUACCAUGGAUAUGUUGAAGUUAUUAAGAAGUCCUAACCACGUAUUUCUUAAGGAUUUUACCCUCGAUAUCUCGAACCCUCAGAUAUCUCAAAGUUUUAUCUCGGUCCCAUCGAGUUCGAGAUAACGAGGUUUGACUGUAUUCAUUUUAACUUUAAAAACCUUCAUCUAGCAGACAUUUUUAAGGCAUUUCAAUACAUGUACAUCUAUAAUGGAUGGUUUCUAGACUCCUUAUUUUAAAAAUCAAUUACUCCUGAAAAAAAUCUUUUUUCAUUAUACUUCUGAAAAUGUAGAAUGUGAACUGUUUAAACUGUCAUGUCAAAUAGAGGCCACUGAUGAAGUGGAGUUUGUUUUAAGCUUGUGAAACUUAAGUAUGUGAUACUCAGGUGACCUAAUGGGUGUCUUGUUAAUUAUUUAUUCCUUAAACUCUUAUUUUAACCAAACCAAAAAUAUGAUAACUAGUGGUAUAUAUCUAACUUAAUGAAAUAUUCACUAUUGUAUUGACAAUAAAUUCUUUGUUUUACAUGA